CACUUAUUCACUGCAAGGAGACGGAUCUAUCUUCAUUUCUUUCCCGAAUUCUUGCAGUCCCGAAUCCUAGCAUAUGCAAUGGCAGAAACUAAACCACAAAACUGGUGGGACGCCUUCCCUGCCCCCCAUCAAACCGCGCUCCUCAUACCACGCGAGCUCGUCCUCGAAUCACUCGCAUCCCCUUCACUACUUGUCAUCGACGUGCGGCGGACAGAUUACGAAGGUGGUGCAAUCAAAGGAAGUCUAAACCUCCCAGCUCAUAGCUUCUACAUGAACCGGGCUGUUCUCUAUGAUCUCUGUAAAAGAGCGGGCGUCAAGCAGGUAGCCUUCUAUUGUGGCUCAUCGAAUGGGAGAGGACCGCGCUGCUCGGGUUGGUUUGCUGACUACCUGGCUGAGAAUGGGGAAACGGAAAUGCAGUCUUUGACCCUUGCGGGUGGCAUCAAGGGAUGGAUCAAGGCAGGAGGAGAGUACACCAAAAACGUGGAAGGCUAUGAACCAGAGUAUUGGACGCAGUUCGACGAGCCUGAGAAGGCGUAGAAGCAUCAGCUCAAAGAUAUCGUCUUAAUUCGCCAACGCUCCAUUGAGCGGUGGCUGUAUGGGUAUAUUGCAAUGUGUAAAGUCCAAUCCAAUCCCCC